UUGCUCUGAGAGACACUGAAGAAGUUGGAAGAAGCUGAAGAUUAAAUGGAUAAUCCAUCAAUGUCAAGGACAAUGCGAAUGCAGCUUGCGUUGUGCAGUCUGGAGCUGGAAUGUGAGCGUGAUGAGACCAACAAAGAGCUAAAAAAUCUCCAAGGAAGCCACCCUGUGGCAAACGCAGACCAUACUGACCAAUACAAGAACCAGCAGCAGGAUGCCAUAUUGCCACCCACUGAAUGUGAAACUUCCAGACAGAAGUCUGAUAUCAGUUCUGAUUCGAGUGGAAUGCAGUCUGAUCCACAGGAAUGUGAGCCAGUUGAUGAAGUCAACAAAAACAGCGAGAAAGCCUGUACACAGUUCGAUUCAACUGUAAGUCUAAAUGAAUGUAUGCAGAAAGAGCAAAUCAAAAAAUUGUACCUUGAAACAGUUGACGCGUGGAGACCUGGAAAAUCAGAAAUUGUGUGCCCUGCAUGUGGCUCUAAGGGCCAGCCGUUGCUGAGACGUCACCAUGGUCAAGUGUUUAAAUCUGCAUUAGGGAUUAUCUGCACAUUCGGGUAUGAUUCUUACAAAUCACACCUUAUACAUAACUUGUUUAAUAUGGCUUUUGGGGAUGGUAUUCACCUACUUCAAUUAGCACUUUAGCAUUCUCUUGCAGACACUGAGAACUAUAAUGAUGGAUGUCUG